AUGAACCGGCCAAUUUCCCAUGCUAUCGCAUACCAGAAGCGGAACCAAACUACCCAUAUAUGGACAGACAGCAGUCAGCUGAUGAGCCGAAGUUUACCGACCAGUAGUUUCUUGCAUCGAAGCUAUGGUUCUUCUGCUGCUUCUUCCCCAAGAUCCUCUCGUGACACCAGCUCCGAAAAGACUUCACCAGCUGGAAAACCAACUAGAACCAGACCUAGCUCCUCAUAUUCUUAUGAUGGCGGCUUCUUUGUGGGCGCACAUACUGGCCAGGCUGAGUAUUUCGUUAUUCACCCUGACUGGGUAUCCGAGGCGAUUACGUUGAAGAAGUAUCUAAACGAGACGGAGAAAAACGGUCCGCCUCUUAAACAAGCUGUCAGUUUAAAAGGACCAACUUUGCAAGGCAGGAGAUGCUUAAGCGCUCCACCAAAACACCGCAACCCGAUCACCUGGAAAUAG